GUUGGCAAUUUGGCAUCUAAAGGGAGCGAAAACAGCCAAAUCACAGAAAAAUCUGUCCUACUUUUCGAAAAAAGCUUGUUUACCGCGUGUGACCCCAUUAUAAACUCGUACAAAAUGCCGUCUAUGAAAGUGGAAGGCGACAGUGACGGGGAUGGUGAUUUGUCUGGUGGUGAAACCGAGAGGUCCGGAGGAUCCUCCCGGGGUCCCGACAGGGACUCCAGUGCCGAGGAGGCAGACGAGCCUGACUCCGAUGACUCCUCGGAGAUGGAUGAGAGCGAGUGCGAGCGCCGGAGAAAUGAGUGCCUGGACAAUUUAGCUAACCUCGAGCGCCAGUUCACCGUGCUACGCGAGCAGUUGUACUCGGAGCGCAUGAAACAUGUAGAGUACCAGCUCACCGAGGUCAGGGGCGGGCGCUCGCAGGAGUACCUCGGGCCUCUGCGGCGGCUGCAGGACAACAUGAGAGUCAGGAUCGAGGUGGCGGGCAUCCUGAAGCAGAUGCGCAUAGAGAAUAUCAAACAUAAGUACGAGGCGGAGGAGCAGGCGGCACAGCAGCAUUUUAAGAGUGAAAAAUGGCUGAGCUACGAGUCACUGAAAGAGGAGGUCCUCGAGAAAAUCCGUCGGCUGGAGGAGGAACGUCACACCGUAGACCUCUGGUCCACGGGGCCCGAAUGGGGGCGCAAACGGCGUCGGCGUCAACCAUAUUUAUUAGAAAUAAUCCGUCGGCUGGAGGAAGAACGUCACACCGUAGACCUCUGGUCCACGGGGCCCGAGUGGGGGCGCAAGCGGCGUCGGCGGCAAGUUAGUUUAAUUCUCUGUUUUAUCAACCCUUAUCCAUAUUAG